AUGGACGAGAAAGAAAUCCAAGCCAGUACUCGUGACCUUCACAUUGAGAGUAUCUCUAAUGAUUCCCAAGAUGAGGUGGCUGAGGAGGCUAAGGGUGGCGAUCUAAGCGAUAUGCCCGAAGGCUACUAUCGUAGCUGGCGGUUCAUUGGAUCUGUUGCGGCCGUCGCUUUCAUGGCUCAGGGCCUCUACCUUGGGUACAUUUUACCAGCAAAUACGAUCACUCUUAUAAAUGCGGACAUUGGUCCCGAUCCAAAUUACGCUUUGAUCCCUAUCGUUAAGUCGCUCUGUGGAGGUGUUGGGCUGCUUUUGGUCGGGAGACUUAGCGAUAUCUUUGGCCGAAGAUGGUUUAUGAUUGCCGGCGCCGUGAUGGGUAUAGUCGGGUCAAUCAUCUGCGGUACAGCGAAGAACAUUGACACUAUACUUGGUGGAACAGUAUUGAUUGGGCUUGCGGGAGCCAUUCAGACCUCCUUCAGUUUCGUCCUUAUGGAGCUGGUUGCUAACAAACAUCGUGCUGUCCUCACUGGACUUCUGUUCCUAUCGACAUGCCCUCUUGCAGCAUUCGGACCACUUAUCGCGCGAUGUCUUGCUUCGUAUACGGCCUUGAUGUGGCGCUGGAACUAUAUCUUGAACUGUAUCUCCAACUCUAUUUCCGGCAUUCUUUUCUUCAUUUGCUACUACCCACCAACUCACGGCCAAUUACACGAAGGGAGAACUAUGAAGCAGGACCUGAGGGACCUCGACUGGGGAGGCAUCAUUCUCUUUUCAGGUGGUUUAACUUCUUUUGUUCUUGGACUCUCCUGGGGGGGUGGGCUUCAUCCUUGGGCUUCAUACCAUGUCUUGGUUCCACUCAUCAUCGGCUUCUUUAUCCUCGUAGGUUUCGCCUUCUACGAGGUCUAUAUGGAUUUGAAAUAUCCUUUGGUCCCAAUGUCUCUCUUUCUCAACGGUAGAUUCAUGGCUCUGGUUGGAGUGGCGUCAGUGGCGAGCAUGUUUUACUAUUCAUUGACUGUGAUUUGGCCGCAAAUGAUCACGUCCCUCUACGAGUCUAACCAGAUCAUGAUUGGGUUGAUGUCAGGUGUCCUUGGUGGAAGUAUCGCCUUCGGACAGGUUUUGGGAGGGGGUACGAUUCGCCUUGGAUUUGGACAUUGGCAACUUCGGCUAUCGGCUCUGGCCAUGUGCGGAUUCAUUGGGGCCAUGGCAGCUACUGAUGCCUCCACGCGAACCCUAGCUAUUGUCAUGUGCUGUCUUGGAGCAUUGGCUGUAGGUGUUGUGGAGGUUGUUGGUAUUGUCGCUGUUCCAUUUACAGUUCCUCCGGCAGAUCUGGGACUUGCAAGUGGUCUCCUUGGAUCCUGUCGCGCGACCCUUGGAUCUGUGGCUACGGCCAUCUUCUCCAGCAUAUUGACGACGACAAAGGCCAAGGAGAUCCCGCCUCGGCUUAUCCGCCUUGCAGAACAAGACAAUCUACCGCAAUCUUCUAUUCGGGCAUUAGUAAAGGCUGGUCUACAGGGAGCAGUAGCGUCAUUUGCAAAGAUUCCGGGAGUGUCAGCGGAUAUGGUCGCGGAUUACGUGGUGGCAGUUCGGGAUGGUAAUGUGAAAGCGUACCACAUGGUCUUCUACAGCAGCCUUGCAUUCGGAGGCCUUGCAGUCAUAUGCGCUUUCUGCACCAAGGAGUUUAACAGUCAUUUCACGAAUAAGGUGGAGCGAAGGCUUCAACACAUGGAAAAGAAGAAGGCCGCCAAGGAGGUGUGA